AUGCCUUUUCAAAAUGUGUCCCCAAAGAAGCAGCGUCUUACGCUUGCGCAAUUGGCCGCCUACGACGACGUUAUUACCGAUGCCCUGGUAGAUCAUGUCUACUUCUGGACCACUAUUCGCAAGAACAAGAACGCCUACCACUCUUCUCGGGGCAUUACCGAGGAGGCCGUUACUGCGAUUCUCCAAAAGCGAGUGAUCGUCGAGAAGGAUGCCGCUAAAGCCGAGGAAGAGCUGCUUGAAUUGCCCGGGCUCAAGAAAUUCUCGCAAAACCUGAAGACGGAAAAGGAGAAGGACGACUUCCGGAGACAUUUACGAAAGUACGUGAACAUUUACCUGCCGGACUGCCCUUUCGAGGUUUCCAGCACGAACCGGUACACGAUUGUUACCCAUGAAGCAGCUGUGACCGCCCGACGCUACAUCAAGAAGGGAGAGGUAGUCAAAUACCUGUGUGGAAUUCAAGUGAUCAUGACAGAGGAGGAGGAGGAGUUGAUCAAAUCCAGUCGUCGGGACUUCAGUAUUGUGGUAUCGAGUAGGAACCGAACGGCAUCUCUCUUCCUUGGGCCAGCAAGGUUUGCGAACCACGAUUGCGGAGCGAACGCGCGACUCAUGACAGCUGGGACCUCCGGCAUGGAGAUCAUCGCUGUGGCUGAUAUUGAGAUAGGGGACGAAAUUACUGUAUCCUAUGGUGACAACUACUUUGGAGAAGACAACUGCGAGUGUCUUUGCCAGACCUGCGAGAAUCUUGGUCACAGCGGCUGGGCAGCGGGCCAGGCUGAGCCGGAGGAUGGAGAGGAAAAUAAGAUCCUCCAGCCCUCGAUCGAGGAGGAGAGUGGCGGCCCAAACGGCUCUUACUUAUUGCGUCGCCGCAGAGACCGACGAGAAUCGACGGUAUCCUCGAGGGAUGAGUCGGCGACCCCCGAAAUCAAUAUCAGACCUCGAGUCAAGGUCCUGAAGGCAACACCAAGAACGCUUUCUCGGUUCAAGAACAUGGAGUCAACUCUAGAGACAAAAUCUCCCUCAAUCGAGGCCAGCGUGUCCCCGUUGAAGCGCAAGAGAGAGGAAUCUGAGACGCUUUCGCCAUCUAGAACUGCCAAGAAGCCCCGAAGAAAGGGCCUUUCGAACGCAAAGAAAGCUUCCGAGUUAAGCCUUUCUACUCGGUUGAGCACAGAGCCUUCGCCGGCUUGCUCCACGUCCAAUUCUAGACGUGAUAGCUUCUCAGGCCCGUGGAUCGAUGGCCAAAAGAGUACCGAUGCCACGUCUGUUGACGAAGACGCGAUUGUUGACGAAGACACAAUUGUUGUGGAUGUAGAGUCACAGCGCACCAUCAACCCAUCUGGCCCGGGAAUAAGGAGAGCCGCCAGAUCUAGGAAGCAAGCCAGGCCUCUCGAGCAAGCGAAGAAAGGCGAAUCGAUCCUUGUCAGCGACACCACCAGCUCAAAGCACCCAGUUCUCCAAGACGACAGCGACCCCGCCAAUAGCUCUGCUCUCUCCAAGCUCUCGGACCAACUAUUCGAUGGGGACGACUCUUUCGGACUUGCCAUGUCCAAGGCAGUAGAUGAAGCCAAUACCGAGUUGACAUCCAAAAAGCGCAGAAGGAUAGAGCCGCGUAAGAGAAAGAGCAAAGAACCAACCAACGACGCAGACCACGCACCACCCGUCCGAGUCCGCGGCGAUUACGUCUUGACAGGCCGUCUCCUUGCCGAGCCUACCUCCGCGUGGAUUACCUGCAAGAUCUGCGAGGAGUCAUUCGUUCAGCAAAACGCCUACUUCACACGUUCUUCCUGCCCGAGAUGUGAGCGACACAGUAAACUUUACGGAUACAUGUGGCCUAAGACUGACAAGGAAGGCAGGCACGAUACGGAGGAGCGCGUGCUGGAUCAUAGAACUGUUCAUCGCUUCAUCAAGCCUCAGGAGGAGAGAGCGAUCCGCAAACGCAAUUUUCUGUCUGAGAUGAGCGAGAGUCGAGCAGUGUCAACUUCGCGGAACGUGAGCGAAAAUGCUUCCCAGGGCAGCAACAAGGAGAACACGACUGUCAAGCCGGCGAGUAAGCCGCGGAAGAAGAGAGCGAGAUCUACUAUGUAG